AUGCACUUGAAGUUUCAUACUCUUUCUCUUAAUGAUUCAGGUCCCUUAUUGGCCGAAUCAAGUGUUAAACCUAGCCAACAACAAAUAUGCGAUGACAUUUUAUUGCUUUGGAGAGAAGAACCUAUAACGGAUGGUCUAUCUGUUGAUUUGUUGUACGAUAAAGUUAUGGGACGCCAUCCUGAAUGGAUUCUUGAUAGAACAGAAUUCAAAAAUGCUGUAAGAAAUCAACAUUUAGAUUCAAAUGAUGAAAGAUCUUUAAAAGUUUAUAAUGAUUUCAUAGAUAUACCAAGCUUUAACGAUGAUUAUGAUGCUAUUAUUGAUAAAAAGACUUCAUCUAAUGUUUGUGUUAAAAAUUGCAAAGAUGGGCAUAAAGGUAGAGGUUUGUAUGCUUUGAAAGAUUUUGUUAAAGACGAUUUAAUAUUUAAAGAAUCUUAUCCAAUUGUUGUAGUACCGUCUAUGGAACGAUUAACCUUGAUGAAAAUGGGUAAAGCAUGUUCAUUGUGUGGUGGACUUUUGAGUCAUUUAUCAAAACAUUUUAUAGUCGUUCAUAGUCUUGAUUGUGAUAAUUGUGGUGGUGUUUGGUGUUCCAACGAAUGUAAAAAUAUAGAUAUUGGUCAUAAUACAUUAAAACAUCUUCAUAAAUCAAAAAUAAAUGGAAUUGAUUCAGUUGCAUGGGGGAAAUUUGAAAAAUAUUGUAAUGACAAUGUAUUCGUGGCUGCUUACUCUAUAGGGGUCAUAAUGGCUUUAGCAUUGAUAGAUAAAAAGAAUACAGAUAAAAUCAGAAAAAAAUUUAACUUAUUAUCCUCUGUCUCUCAAGGAAUACGGAUCAAUGAAAGUGAUUCAACUAAUAUUGGGGGCACCUUUGAUGCUUCAAGUGGGGCUAUGUCAAAUAAAGAUCCCGAACCUAUCUGGAAGACAUCCUACGAACUUCUUAAGAACGCAAUACCAACCACUGAUGAAUUAGAUAUGGAAACAUAUCUGUCAUAUAUUGGAAGGUAUAACAUUAAUCAAAUUUCUGAUCAGAUGUUUUUUUUGCCAUCACUAAUCAACCAUAAUUGUGAACCUAACGUACGAUUUGAAGUAGUUUCGAAUAAAGAGAUAAGAGUAUAUGCUAGAAAAAACAUUAGUGCUGGGCAAGAACUUUUAACUAACUAUAUAAAUCCUCUACAUGGUGUAAAGCUAAGAAGAAGAGAAUUAAGAGUAAACUAUGGCUUCCUUUGUCACUGUGACCGUUGCAUAAAGGAGAUUAAGAGGAAUAAUGAUGUUGAAAAUGAAAACCUUUCCAAUUCAAUCAAUAAUAAUGGGGGAUUGAGUGUACCGAAUGAUAGUCUUUUGACAAGAAGAAAAUCUUCAAUGAGAACUGCUAGGCCUGAUUUAUCUGAACUAUUGAAGACUGGACAAGAAUUUGAUUUAGAUAUCCCAGAAAAUUUGUCUGGGAAGAAAAAUAGAAGAACUUCUGUACGAUUUGUAAAUCAGGUAACUCUUGCGGUAGAAGAAUGA